AUGAUUCUCAAAUAUUAGAGUAUCAAUAAAUACAAAACAAAUAUAAAAGAAAGAUACUCAAAUAUUGCUGGUCUUCAUAAUCCAAUAGGGAAUAGUUCAUUGAAUGCAUGCUUAAGUAUUAUUAAUUAUAGUCUAAGGAAAAAUGAACUUUUUAAUAUUUAAUAAGAAUUAUUUCAACAUAGAUUAAAAUUUGUUUUAGAUUUUACAAACAAUUAAUGUCUCAAAAGUAUCAAAAACUAAUUUGAUGAAUAAAUGUGUCUCCAAAAUGCCAGAGACCAGAUUACAAUUUUUCAUGAAUUAUUUGAACAAAUUUUGUAGAAAGAAUUAUUGUGAAUAUAUUAUAAAAUAAUUAUUAAUUAUGGCUGAUUAGCAAUAGAUAUUGUUUCUAAAAUAAUUAACUGUCAAUAUGUAAUCUCUAUAACGCUACAUUUAAAAGGAGACUAAUGAAUAAAGAGAGAAAUGCUAUCAAAUUUAUUUAUAAUCUGAUCAACAUUACGAUGAAUAUCAUAAAUGUAUUUUUUAUUAUCAUAUUGAUAGGUAUUCUCUUAUUGCAAAAUAAGAGAAAAGCCGUAGAUCGAACAUAUGAAUCAAUGGUUAAAUAUUGGCCAUUUUAGACCGAAUAAUGUUUUGAGAAAGCAUCAACUAAAGAUUAAAUUAUGAACUGUUAAUAGCAUACAACAGAAUCUUUAACCAAUUUUUUAUAGAAUUCAAUCAAUUAGUUAUAAAUUUGAACAUUUAAUUAUAUCAACA